UACCGUCCCACGGAAGUAAUACUGUUAAGGAACCAACGGAGUAUUACAUUCCGAAGUAUGGCAGAAUACGAGCAGAUACAGAAAGGUUCUUUGAAACUAAAAGGAGUUGGAGAACUCGUUAUAAAAAAGAAGAAGAAAAACAAAGAUAAAAAGAAGCUAGGACAGAUUUUGACCAAUACAAGCAAUGAAGAGGAGGAGGAGAAGAAGCCAUGUUUUGACAAAAGAACACCAGCACAAAUGGCAUUUGACAAAAUGCAAGAAAAAAGGAAAAUGGAAAGAAUACUAAAGAAAGCAUCCAAAACUCAUAAACAAAGAGUCGAGGAAUUUAACAGACAUUUGGAUACACUGACAGAACAUUAUGAUAUUCCUAAAGUCAGCUGGACCAAGUAAGCUGCAGAAUGGCAUCAGAAUUCUGCACUUGACUGAAAAGUUACAAGUGAAUGAUAUGUCGAGUUCUUAUGGAGAAAAAAAUAACAUUUCCAUUUGUGCUAUCUGUUCUUUCUUGAGGAAAUGCAGGCUUUCCAAAGGACGUGACUUUAUUAGCACCUAUUGUUAUGUGGUGCAGCAGAAAUCCCUUUAUACUUGUGAUAUGGCAGUUAGUAACCCCCAUGUAGCAGGAUGAUUGCUUUUCCUCUGAAAAUAUGCCUGCAGAGUGCAAGCUUAAUAAAAAUGCUAAUACAGAUUAGAUGUAUUUCUGUUAUCUGUUAAACUGCCUGGUAACAUUAUGUGCUUGAUCUUGCGUAUGUUCUGCAGUUAUUUAUUUUUUUAAUUACUUUUGCUGUUAGCAGUGUAUUGUAUGAAGGCAAAAAGAAAGCAGGACCUAGAUAUUUGCAGAAGAUGAGAACCCUUUUGAAAAGUCUGUUAAAGCCUGCUUCUGGAUUUAAGCUUGGAUUUUCGUCCAUAUUUUUAUCUAUUUUCUUUUUUUAUGUAGAAUACUUUAAAUAGUGUAGCAGAAUAAAUGUUUCUUAGUGUAGCAGAGUUUGGUUCAGUUUCUGAAAAAAUGAGUAUAGUGCAGUAGUGUUUGUUUUAAGUGUAAUCCUUUAUUUGUGUUUAGUGUAUAAUGAAGUGUUUGUUAAAGUAAAAAAAUUAAUAUUCCCCAAGUUGGCAGACAUUUUGUUUGUUGUCCAUCGUUUGAUGUUUAUAUGCCAUGUCUUGGUAAAUAAUGGAUUUUCCUUGUGUGAGCACAUAGCCACCUGCACCUUUCAGGAGCAUCAUCUUGACUGAUGUGAGGAUGGUUCUAGUUUUGGGCGAGUCAUUUGUGUAUUAAUGUGGUAGUUAUAAUCUUUUACAGUUUAAAGAGCAUGGUGUUGACAAGUUUUCAUUAGCAGUCCACUGUUAUUUUGUGCAUGCAUGUACUGAUUCUAUGCCUACAGACAUGAGCUGUUAGGCUUAAUAGGAAUAGCUGUUAAGAAUUCUGUACUAGAUUUUCUUUUCUCAUUGAAACUAAUCUGUGUGGAUUAAAAUUCUUUAGGAGUAAGUGCCCCUACAAAAAUUGUUAAUAAAUAUAAUUGUGUAAAACACAUUGCCACUGGAGAUAUCGAGAUUCCUGGCUUGUGCUUCUUAAGAAGAAGAUAAUGAUAUUUUAACCUGUGAGAUCUUUGGUAUGUUUGACAGGAGCACUGAAUGGUGGAGGAAAAAGGCUUUGCCGACCCUUUUUAAUUCAGAAGCAUUUGGGGGAAUGUUUACAUAUGGGAGACAAGUAGCGCUAAAAGGUUUUAGAGUUAGCAGGUAUUUCUGUUGCUGAAUCUGUGUUUUGGAAAUUACUACCUUUCUCUGCAGCCAUUUGGAGACUUUCCCAGAUCUUGGAAAAUGGAGUAUUGUUUUUUCAGGUACAUUGUUUUUAUUGGAGGCAUAAGGAGUUAUCAGCUUAGUAAUAACGACUUAUGAAAAAGCCCAACUCAGAGGGAUGUGUUGGAAUGAACCUUACAAAUAAAAUAUUUGGAGUUGUACCUUC